CCGGUAGGAUGGGAUCAGACCAGCAGCAGCCACAUAUCCCUGCACGCCUGACCGCUAGUCUACUUCCUGGAUGGAAGAAUGGGACGUUUCCAGUUCCACUUUUUUCCCUCCUCCGUCUCGCUGACGCCGCGGAUAAUCACUUAAUAAUGACCACGUGUGAUCAAUAUAAUUCGACCACUUUUUUCCCUCUCCUCUCCUCUGCGCUCCUGUAGUUAAAGACAGCGAUUGAUCGAAGAUUGACACCCCCCCCCCCGCACACACACAGAUCUGCACACUUCGGGAAUGUCGCUAUCUGGAGAGCCGCUGCAGACACGGAGGAGUCCAACAACAGAUUUUGAAGUGUUCGUGCACAGCCGUAGUGUGCGCAGCGUUUUAUUCCUCGAAGCUAAAAGCAGCCUGUGUUCGGACCGGAGGCGAAUACAUUUGUCUUUUUGAGAGAAAAAAAAGGAAAAGAAAGAAAGCAGCACCACUGACUGUAGCUCCCACCAUUUACUUUGAUGCUCCAGCUCCGAGGCUGCUGUGCCAACUUCGCUUCGACAGUGUGAUUUUUUUCCCCCCUCUCUCUAAAGGAAGAAGAAGAAAAGACACAAACUUUGUCACCCGUUGCCUUCUUGUUGCUCUCGAUGAGUAGUCUAACAUGCGGAGGAUACGGGAACCGAGUUACUGGUGGAUUUUAUCCUUAAUGUUUUUAACCUUGCCCGAACACAAAGACUGUCAACCCGUUGCAUCGGGUGGUCAACCUCACCACAGUGGAGGCGGCCAUCAUGGAAGCACAGGUGUAAUGAGGGAGAGGAGGACAGCUGGUGACCCCUACUGGUCCUAUUCAGGAAGCCAUGGACCUCGAGGCUGGGCAACCUUAUACCCAGAAUGUGCUGCAAACAACCAGUCACCUGUGGACAUUGCAGAUGAACAAGCUCUAGUUUCGGAGGAGUACCAGGAGCUGGUGCUUGACAAGUUCAACACUGAGUCCUCCAACCAGACCACCAUGAAGAACACUGGAAAGACAGUUGCUGUUCUCCUGAAGGAUGACUACUUUGUAAGAGGUGCUGGACUGCCUGGACGCUUUAAGGCUGAGAAGAUGGAGUUUCACUGGGGCCAGACUAAUGGAACAGCAGGCUCAGAACACAGCAUAAAUGGCAGAAGAUUCCCUGUAGAGAUGCAGAUCUACCUUUACAAUUCGGAUGACUUUGACAGCCUCAGCGCUGCCAUCAAGGAAAGACGCAUCAUUGCUGCCAUGGCUGUCUUUUUUGAGCUUGGGCAAAAAGACAACCCAGCUGUGGAUCCUAUCAUCCAGGGAUUGAAAGGAGUAGUGCAUCAUGAAAAGGAGACCAACCUGAGGUCGUUCAUCUUGAGGGAUCUGCUGCCAUCAUCAGUGGACAGUUAUUACCGAUACACUGGCUCUCUGACCACUCCGCCCUGCAGCAAGGUAGUGGAGUGGAUCAUCUUCUCCAGGCCUGUGUAUCUGUCCCACUCACAGCUGGACGCUUUUUACUCCAUCUUUACAACGGAGCAGCAGGACCAUGUCAAGUCUGUGGAAUACCUGAGGAACAACUUCAGGCCCCCGCAGGACCUGGAUAACAGGAAGGUUUUUAAGUCGGCGGUAAAAGAUGCAUGGCAGCGAGAUUUGACUGAGAUCAUUGGAAGUCCUCACAGCACCGAGGCUUCAAGAGUGUGCAGCAGUGCCCCAGUAAGUAUGAAGAUCCAGCCAUUGAACCAGACAGCACUGAUGGUGAGCUGGGACCGGCCUCUGACCGUGUACCACCCCCCCAUCACCAGCUACAUGGUCUCCUACAGCUGGGUGAAACGUGAUGUUCCUGAUGAAAAGACCUUCACUAAGACUGGCGACCAGAGCAUGAAAGCCGUCAUCACUGAUGUGUCCCCUGAAGUCCUGUAUCUGUUCAGAGUGCAGGCAGUAUGUCAGCAUGACCUGCGCAGUGAUUUUAGCCAAACACUGUUAUUCAGAGCCAAUACAACAAGAAUAUUUGAAGGGUCUCGUAUUGUGAAGACUGGGAUGCCCACGAUUUCUCCAGCAUCCUCAGCCGACAUGGCUCCCAUCAGCUCUGGUUCCUCCACUUGGACGUCCUCUGGUAUCCACUUCAGCAUCGUCUCUAUGGCAACAGGGAUGGGCCCCUCGUCUAGUGGCAGCCAGGCCACAGUGGCAUCAGUGGUGACAAGCACCUUGCUGGCAGGCUUAGGUGUUGGCGGAGGGGUCAUCUCUUCCCUGCCCAGCUCUGUUUGGCCCACACAGGCGCCUCAAGCCACUCAGAACCCCACACGUCCGUCUGCCUCACCUGCAAAGUCCAGCACAGAGCAGGCAGCACCUCAGGGCUCGGAGACAGACAGCCCAGCUGACAAGAACCAGGCUGCACGUGAGGGGGAAGAGGAGGAAGAGGAGGGCGAGAGAGAGGGAGAGCAGGAAGAGGAAGAGGACGAGAAGAAGAGAAAGAGCAAGACUGCACCUAAUAACGAGGAAAAACAAGCGAACAGCACUGUGGCCAAAGAGCCUUUAAUCCCCACCCCCGCAUCCACAGCCAAAGAGAAAGGAGAAGGGAAACCGACGGUUAAAGGUAUCACAGUGCCUCCAAGCACUGGUGAUGACCAGUUGGUCAGCAUGGAGACGAAACCCACAGAUGUAAAUGCAGUCUCCACUCAGGAGCCCCGUAAUGACAGUGCAGAGAUGCAGAUUCCCCAGAGCUCUACACUGUCUCCAAAGAGUGGUAAUGGGAACAAAAUCUGGCCUUUCUCUGUCCACACCGACAGAACCAUCUUGUCCAACGUGACACGGACCUCCCAGCCAGGGAUGGGCAGGAUGGUGUGGAUUGUCCCCUUGGUGGUCGUGUCUGCUCUCACUCUGCUGUGCCUCAUCAUGCUGCUGAUUGUGAUGGUCUACUGGAGGAGAUUUUUCCAGACAGCUCACUUCUAUGUGGAGGACAGCAGCUCUCCACGGGUGGUGGCCAAUGAGAAUAUCCCAGUCAUCCCUAUACCAGAUGACAUGGAGGCCAUCCCUGUUAAGCAGUUUGUCAAACACAUCAUGGAGCUCUACAAGAACAACAUGCAAGGAUUCGCUGAGGAGUUUGAGGAGGUCCAACGCUGCACAGCCGACCUGAAAAUCACAGCAGAACAUUCCAAUCAUCCCGACAACAAGCACAAAAACAGAUACAUCAACAUUGUGGCCUAUGACCAUAGCAGGGUGAAAUUACGAGCUUUGGCAGGGAAAGAUGCCAAGCAUUCGGAUUACAUCAAUGCCAACUAUGUCGAUGGUUACAACCGGCCCAGAGCUUACAUAGCUGCUCAAGGUCCUCUAAAGUCUACAUUCGAGGACUUUUGGAGGAUGGUGUGGGAGCAGAACACUGGAAUUAUUGUUAUGAUCACAAACCUCGUGGAAAAAGGCAGAAGGAAAUGUGACCAAUACUGGCCGACAGAGAACAGCGAGCAGUAUGGAAACAUUGUUGUGACACUGAAAAGCACUAAAGUGCAUGCCUGUUACACACUGCGCAGAUUCCUUAUAAGGAACACUAAAGUUAAAAAGGGUCAGAAGGGGAAUCCGAAAGGGAAGCUAAAUGAGCGCAUUGUGGUCCAGUAUCACUACACUCAGUGGCCUGACAUGGGAGUGCCAGAGUACACCCUCCCUGUCCUCACCUUCAUCAACCGCUCAUCAGCGGCUCGUACUGCAGACAUGGGCCCUGUCCUGGUGCACUGCAGUGCAGGGGUUGGGCGCACAGGAACAUACAUUGUCAUUGACAGCAUGCUGCAACAGAUCAAGGACAAAAGCACAGUUAGCGUCCUGGAUUUUCUCAAACAUAUCCGCACACAACGCAACUACCUAGUCCAGACUGAGGAACAGUAUGUUUUCAUCCACGAUGCUCUGAUGGAGGCAAUCCUGAGCAGAGAGACAGAGGUGCCUGCCUGGCAGCUGCACAGCUAUGUCAACAGCAUCCUCACGCCCAACUCAACAGGCCGCACACGGCUGGAGAAGCAGUUCAGGCUGCUGACUCAGUGCAACACGCGUUUUGUGGAGUGCUUUAGCGCCCACAAAGACUGCAACAAGGAGAAGAACCGCAAUUCCUCAGUGGUUCCUUCGGAGCGAGCAAGGGUUGGACUCACCACUCUGCCUGGCAUGAAAGGAACAGAUUACAUUAAUGCAUCCUACAUAAUGGGCUACUACAGGAGUAAUGAGUUCAUCAUUACCCAGCAUCCAUUGCCCCACACCACAACAGACUUCUGGAGGAUGAUUUGGGACCAUAACGCUCAAAUUAUUGUCAUGUUGCCUGACAACCAGGGCCUGGCUGAGGAUGAAUUUGUUUACUGGCCAAGUCGGGAAGAGGCCAUGAACUGCAUCGCCUUCACGGUCACACUCAUAAGUAAGGACAGACUCUGCCUCUCCAAUGAGGAGCAGAUCAUCAUCCACGACUUCAUCUUAGAGGCUACACAGGACGACUAUGUUCUGGAGGUGAGACAUUUCCAGUGCCCUAAAUGGCCAAACCCUGACUCCCCUCUCAGCAGCACCUUCGAGCUCAUCAGUGUCAUCAAGGAGGAAGCCAUGACUAGAGAUGGCCCCACCAUCGUACAUGACGAGUAUGGAGCUGUGUCAGCGGGGAUGCUCUGUGCCCUCACCACGCUGUCCCAGCAGCUGGAGAAUGAAGGAGUCGUCGACAUCUAUCAGGUGGCGAAGAUGAUCAAUCUCAUGAGGCCGGGAGUCUUCACUGAUAUAGAGCAGUACCAGUACCUUUACAAAGCCAUGCUCAGCCUGGUCGGUAACAGAGAGUGCAGCCUGAGCCCCAUGCACAUGGACACUAAUGGGGUGGUGGUGAUUGCAGACGAGUCGGACCCUGCGGAGAGCAUGGAGUCGCUCGUCUGAGGACAUUCUUACAGGCACUUAAUUUGUAAAAUUCUGAGGCCUUUUUUGCCAGACUAUUGAUUAAAUGAAUAACCUUAUUACUUUUUAUACUGAUGAAAGUUUUUUGAUAUUUAUGUUUUUGUCCUUUACUUCUUGUCUUAAACGUUAUCCUGCUGAGCGUUUGCACCUGUUUUAAGUUGACAUGAGGAAAAAGCAGCUCUGUCCAGUUUGCACUAUACUAUCAGUGUUACUGCCUAAAUCCAGUGAGUGAAAAUUCUUCACAGUUCCAACCUGGUAUCACGACAAAAAAACAAACAAAACAAAACUGGGAUCUUGGACCGUAUAUUGAGACAAACCUGCUGAAGCAUGAAGACCAGGACGAGUGAAGGCCAUCCACUUCCGAUCAUGUCUCAAAACAGAAACAUCAUAGCAUAGCCCAGCAUGCAUUAUGCCACUUUGUCACUUCAAUCAAACUAACUGUUCUGAGGCCCCGCUGCACAUGGGUGAAGCUUUUUAUCACACGUGAAGAGACUCAUACCUGCCUAUAUAUUAUUGUCCCAGUAUCUCACUGCUGUCUUGUAAAAUGUACUUAUGGCUUAUUUUCUUGAAGUGUGUUACAACAUCUAAUGUGAACAUUUAUUGCUUUUUACAGGGAUUUAUAUUGUUAUAUUGUUUUGUAAUAUAUAUAUAUAUACACAUAUAUAUUAUAUCCUUAACAGCCAACCAAGUUUUUUUUUUUCUUUGUACUUUUGCCUAUCUGUCCACUGGCCUUUGAUGUAGAUUAAUAUUUUUGGAGCUUCUGAAGCCUACAGAUCUCCAGACACAUUUUUUUCCAGCGUUCCUUUCAGCUUUUUUAACCUCAGUGGUCAAAGCUCAGUUGUUAACACAUGUAGUAGGUAUCUGUACUGACACAAUGCAAUGCCCGCAUGAAGUAUUCACCCUAUACAAAGUUUUUCAUGUUUUAUUUUACAGCUUUGAAUCACUGUGGAAUCAUUUAAGAUUUAGAUUUCUCACCAAUUUAAAAAAUACAAUAAUGUCAAAGUAAAUAUUUCAAAUGUUACCAGAUUCAUUCAAAUUCAUUUCAAAUCAUAAAAUUGAUUGCACAAGUAUUUGCUCCCUUCAAGGCCGUGUUUUGCAGUUUUGGCAACAUUUCUAACUUUGGUUAUUUGAGGAUAGGUCAGCUUUGAGCAUCUCACUACUGUAGUUUUUGUUUCCUCGGUCAAUCAAUCAAACUUUAUUUAUUUAUUUAUUUAUUGAGCAUUUUUCAUACAGUUAAAAAAUGCAACACAAAGUGCUCAAGCACUGCUUAUUUUUUUAGACUUUACCACUUAUUCUGGACUGUACUGAGGUUUAGAUUCUGACUUUGGCCCCCCAGGACAUUAACAUUAUUGUUUCAAAGACGUUCCUGUUUCUUGGAAAAAUAAAUCUUCCUGCAGGAAUUCUUUAUAGUUCACAGAUUUACUAGAUUUUAUCGCAGAGAAGCAUCAUCACCAGGCCUUCUGGUGAAGAUGCUAUUCAGUGCCUUGGAAAUGUUCUUAAUGCAUCUCUCUGAUUGGUUCAUUUCAGUACACAGUCACCAAUUUGUUAUUUUAUUAUCCCUUAUUAAUCCCACGAGGGGAAAUUCAGAUUUUCGCAUCUCUCCCCAAUUGGGGGAGUCAGAGCGCAGGGUCAGCUGCGGUACAGCGCCCCCUGGAGCAGGAAGGGUUAAGAGCCUUGCUCAAGGGCCCAACAGUGGCCACAUCGGGGCUUGAACCUCUGACCUUCUGAUCAGUAGUCCAGAGACUUAACCGUUGUGCCACCACUGUCCCUGUUUUUAUUUUUUUAUUUUUUUUAUUUUAUUAAAUAAAAAGAAUUGUCACUUGUCGUCAUAAUGUAAUUUUGUCAAGAAAUAAACUAUGUAGCUGUUAGAUUUAGAUCCUGGUAUAUUAAACCUAAAAUUACUCGUCAUGCUGUCGUUAAGCAGAGGUUUAAACGCAACUAGCGGUGAUUUAGACCUUAGAAUAAGAUGAAUAUAUAUGCAAUCAGUAAUACUAAAUUUUAUUUGCUCGUUAUUUACAUCAAUUUGUAGAUUUUUUUUUUUACUUUGACUUCUGUGGAUUGGUUGCUAAUAAUCUAUUGACUUCCACUCAAAGUUGUACUUAAAUAAAACAUGAAAAAAUCCAAAGACGGUGAAAGCUUUUUAUAGGCACUGUAGUUUCUUUUUGGGGGGUUGAUGCUUUAUUUGUAACCAAAGAUGUGGUUCCAGUUUGCAACAUGUAAGUGGUUUUGUCCUGAGACCUAUUUAAUCAACUACAACUUAAAAUCAAAAUUGUUUAAUCUUACAGUACAGAUUUCCAAUGUGUGAAUUUAACCGGAGUUAAGCAUGUUUCUGUUCUAGCCUCAGGAACUCACCUACUAGUAAAUAAUCAGACUUUGUGAUGCUUUCCUCACAUUAGAAAAUAAGGUUUAAAAUUCUGUAAAUGGUAUUUUAUUUGGGCUGAUAUUCCAUCUCGGCAUUAUUUUGUGGCUCUAAUUAUAAGCCCUUCUCAACCCUGAA